CAAACUGCUCGCAGCCAUGACGCAAGAGCUCUGGCAGCGGCUACACACUGCAGAAGGCGACCAGAAACUGGAGGUGGCGCACGACUUGCUUGCUGUAGCGCCUCAGCAUCAGAUCUGCUGGCUCUUUGAAUGGCUGGCGGGUGCAGUGUUGAACAAGAAAAAUGCUGCUGUACCCAAAGAAGGUUCACAGCUGCUUUGUGAUGUAUUAGAUGCCCUUCCUGAGAGCUAUCCACUCCAUUCUCACGUGUCGUGGCUCUUGGCCCUACCUCUGCGAGAGCCAUCUGUGGCUCCCGCGCUCCUGGAGAGAUUACUGAAACGUCCACCAUUGGCUUUUCACCCGAGUGUGGAACAGGCCAUGGCUAUUUUCCAGAAGAUGAGUUUGUCAGAGUGCGCUGUCCGGCUGCUGUUGCGGGCACUUGAGUCAGCCGCACCUAAGAAGGCCUUUCGCGCCGUGCUGGAUGCACUUCCGGUCUUCGCAGGAUCUGGGGAGGACAAGAAUGACAGUCAAAAUGAGGAGGCGCUGGUGGCGUUGGUGGCAUUGCUGGUCUUGCCCCAGCAGCUACCAGGCUUCGAGGUGUUGGCAAACAACUGGGAGGCGGCUUCGGAGCGAGCGGCUGGCGCGGAGGUUUAUCAGGCGCAACUCUUCUCCUGCUUGACAAAGAUGAUGGCAGAGGAGAAGUCAAGGAGAGGCUGCUGUCGCCUCCUGGUGACUUUUUUUGCUGCCCUGGUGAAAGCCUUUGGACGGCACCGCGCGAAGGAGCAAGUGCGGCAAGAGCAGCGCGAAAAGCAUCUGGAAGAGAAGAAAUCGCCCACCGCAGUGGAGUUUUUGGUCUUUGUUCAGCUGUGGAACCUCCUGAAGCCUUGGAUCAAAGCUGAUAGCGACGCUGCCGUGGAGAGCCUGCAGCGGCUGUGGCAGAUGGUGCGAAGUCACAGCCUUUAUCGUCCGCGCGAGGAUCAGAAAGGCCUGCAGAGUAAGACGCUGGGCGCCUGCUGUGGCGUUCUGUUGAAGCGACUGGAGACUUCUGAGCAAAGUACGGCGGAGUGGGCUUGCUUGGAGGAGAUGCUGCAGCUAGACGUGGCGCCCUUCGAGUCCAGGCUCCAGCGUUUCUGGUCGCUGCUGCUAGGGCCCCACGGUGCCAGUACUGGAGCUGCGCGGCUGGGGGCCAAGUUGUUGUGGACCUACGCGCAGCUGGCAGAUCUCUCCUCAUGCCUGGAGGCUUUGAAUGAUGCGACCAGUUCGCAACAAGGAGGAGCCGGAAGCCCUUUGCUUGCAGCGCCCGAGUUCGUGCAAGGUCUUGAAGAUGCCGCGAGACAGCUGACAGCCUUGGGGCAGAUCACAGGCACCUGGAAAAUGCUGUUGAAGUCCUUGAAGCUGCAGCUUGAGGGCCCUCAGGGCCCUCCGGGCCCUCCGAGCUCGGCGGCGUUGCUGCAACCUGUCCUGGCGGGCUUGGCGCCCAACGAACUGUGCUUGCAGCCCAUGCGGGACCUGUUCCAUGAGACCUAUGACCUACUGAUGGGUAUUCAACCUUGGCCUGCGAGCAUGGAUGGUUUGCUACUUGCAUUGUGUACCUUGGGUCGCAAGUUGACAUCCUGGGAGCUGCCCAGCCUGCUGUCGGCAGCCUCGAGCACCUGCGAAAGGAGUCGCGAGGGCUUGGAGAGGUUGGUGCGCAGCUCCCACCCCGAGGCUGCGAUGCAUUGCCUUCGGGCACAGCGGGAUGCCUUGGAAAAGGUGGAAGCACAGGAGGUAGUAACCGCUGCCAUCCAGCAGGUCGAACGCGACUUCUCGGGGUCUGGGAGCAGCAUAGGCUCCAUGGGCUCUUCGUCGCGGCGCGUGGCGAUGCUCACAGCACUGGCAGGCGCCGCACCCGGGCGCAAGCGGAAGGGCUCGGUGUCCGAGCUGGAGCGGCUUUGCGCCUUGCUGCUGCCUGAGGAUGGUGGUCAGGAUCUGGCUCUGCUUUUCUCCGAGACCGAGACCUUGCUGGAAUCCAAAGAGCUUUGUGCAGCGCUGAUGCGGCGACUGAAAGCGCAGCUGGAGGAGCUGACUUCAGAACCCAAGGUGAAGCGUCGUCGAAAGAGUGCGGCCGAGCGGGGGCCGUUGUUGGCACGACUUCGGGUGCUGCAACGCGUGGUGGUGAGCAGGGUGCCAGUGGACAGGGGCCAGUUGCUGCUGCUGCUGCGGCGUGCCGCGAACACCACGGAGGCUGCAGUGGCGGAAGCUGCCUUGAUGUGUUUGGCUGAGCUAUUGAGGAGCCAUGCAGGUGCCUUGGAGGACUCCUUCCUCCAAGACUUGGAGGACGACCUUCGAGGCCGAGCGGCUCUGCCUGUCAGUGAGGACAUGGCCAGGGCCUUGGGGUUGUGUAGCAAGGCCUUGCGAAGGAGUGCACAGGGCAAGGUGAAGAAGCAAUCCCUGGCCCAGUUCAUUGCCGCACUGCUGGGGCAGGAGCUGGGUGCAGCUGCGCCAGCUGCGUGGAGGACACCAACACCCUUGGCCUUGCUGCGAGGUGCUCCGGCUCCCCCGGAGCUGCCACGAGUGCUGGCCUUUUUGGAGGCUGGCGGCCUCACAAAGUUGGAGGGCGUGCUGGCACUUCAGAUGAGCGACGACUUCCGGGAGGACGGAGCUCCUGAUCUGCAUGUGGCCACCGUGGCAGCUGCGCAGUUGUUGCAACUCUUGGGGAAGGAGGUUCAGCUCCAAAUGAGCGAAGAACUGUCGUGGAUCUCCUAUCUGCCUGAUGUGCUCCGGUGGAUGAAGGAGAACCCAGGCCCGCACCUGCAGCCAUUGAUCACCGUGCUGGGUAAGCAGUUGGAAGGCCUUUGCAAGGGAGAGGGGCGGCCGGUGCCAGACAAGGAGCUCAUGGACUUGCUAAUGGCCUGGGCUGAGCAAAAUCAGGAGGAAAAUGAAGCGCAUGACAGUUUUGCCUGUCUGGAGUUGUGGGCCAAACGUUCUGACUGCUCAGCUGAGUUCUUGGAAAGGCUUUCCUUGCGAAUCUGCAGCCUGCCCAGUGAAGAGGCUUCCCUACGACCUUUGGGCAGUGCACUGGCCCGCUUGGUGCGUGGCAUGAGGUCCAGCUCCUCUGCGGCACUGGUGGCAGCUCAGCGCUUGCUGGGUGCAGCCGAGGACGCAACAAGGCCUUCUCUGCUGCUCUGCGCUGCUGAUCUUCUCCUGGCCCUCUUUGCGCACGCGUCGGGCAGCACGCGGUCUUCGGGCCGCGGUCUUCGGCGUGAUCGACGGCAUCCGCAGCUCUCACAGCUGGAGUCCUUGCUUUUGAGCUGCGCCUGUGAAAGUGCCCGAAAAGCACCAGGCG